AUUGUACAAAAAACGGAAGCGCUGGCCGUUCAUUGAUCCGUUAAUCGUUCCCCAGGGCGGCUCGGCUUGCCUUACUUAUCCCCUCAAUCAACAACAUUGAAUUGCGAGUACGACGCUCCCCUAUCCCCUCAAAAGUUUGACCCCCCUGGGUAGCUCGUCCCGUCUCCUGCCGCAAAUCUUGGACGGUGUAAAUAGCCUCCCAUCCGAGACCCUUCUGGCUUUUGAAUUACAUGGCUGGCGUACAACUGCAACAACCCACUAUGACCGACUAUCGAUUGCCGCUCCAUCAACCGCCGCCUUCACGGAAACCGGUCCCUGGGAUGCAUGCUGGUUACCCAUUUCAGUCCUAUGAUGGGCAUCACAAGCCACAACUCUCUCCUCAUCCAUCCGCCGGCUCCCUCUCUCAUAGCCGGAGUCGGAUGUCUUCGGCCAAUGCGUCGCCGUAUAUGGCACACCAGCAACCGUAUUCAAAUACCCCUUCGCCACAUCAUACCAUGACCACGAAUCCCAGUUACCCCCCCUCAAGAAGAUUGUCGAGUGCGACGACCUCCACGAGCUCGACUGGCAAUGCCCCGGGUAAUUCCGCCGCUUCAGAUAUCCGCCGAAGCACGUCAUCCCGUUCCGCCAACUCCCAACUGGGCUAUGUAGCUCUCAUGCGGAGGCAGAAGGCAACGGUGUGGUGUGACCGAGCGCAGCCGGAGGAUCCGCGCCUCCGAGCGCAGAAGCUUGCCGACAAGAAGAGGGCGUACCUUGAGGUCCAUGGCGCAGGCGCUGGUGGACGGGCUGGUACCCUUGGAAGCGGCAAAAUCAAACACUCUAAAGGAGGCACCGAUUUCUCACCCUCGAACCUGGUGUCAGCGACGGUUCCAGUACGACUCAGUGCUAAUGAAGUGGGAGAUGCGGAUGAGGAUGCACACAGCGAUCAUGGGUUCCCUUACCGCCGCACUGGGAGCGGUCGCAGCUCGCUGGGAAGCAACCAUCGUUACCCCAGUGGCUAUCAGCGGACGCCCCAGGGCACGAUGGGAAGUAGCAGCACCCCGCCGAGUGAGAAAAUGGACUUGCCAAAUGUGACGGAGCAUCCGCCGGCAGAGGGCCACGAGGAAAAGAAAGUUCAAGAUGACGCCACUACCACAUACAGCUUCGAGGCCGCAGAUGAAGAUAACUUUGGUAGUGUAGGGGAAAUGGCCGCCCCCAGUGCCGCUACCACAGCGGCCGAAAAGGCAAGGAGGGCGGAUGAAUUAAGGCGGCGAGGCAGUGUGGACGACCGAACGAGCUCGAUGACCAAUGUCCGGCUUUUCGUCGCAAAUCCAGAUCUCAGUGAUUAGUGGCAUUUGAACUGUCAUAUCUCACAUUUAUCUCUCUCUCGGAUCUAUAUUCAUGAAAAUACCCAGUCGGCCGGAGUUCGGCAACCAGUCCAACUUCAUGCAGAUUAUGCCAUCAUUCUUGUCUUCUUUCCUCUUUCUGCUUCCUGCCUUCCCGUCUAUUUCUUUCCCUCCCCUUUUUUUCGCCGGGUUGUCUUUCC